UUUCAAACGACAGGAAGUGGUGGCGGCGGUAGAAGAAAUCAUAUUUAUUUAUUAUUUGUUGUUAUUAUCAGUUCUGUCUUGAACCCAGAGAUCUCCAGAUGGAUCUAGAAACUGGAAAUUAUGAACCCGGAUUUGUUGGGAUCCGGUUCUGUCAGGAAUGUAACAACAUGUUGUACCCUAAAGAAGACAAGGAGAACCGGAUCCUGCUCUACGCGUGCAGAAACUGUGACUACCAACAAGAAGCCGACAACAGCUGCAUCUACGUCAACAAGAUCACCCACGAAGUGGACGAGUUGACACAAAUCAUCGCUGACGUGUCUCAGGACCCGACACUACCGAGGACAGAGGACCACCCCUGUCCCAAAUGCGGCCACAAGGAGGCAGUGUUCUUCCAGUCUCACAGUAUGAAGGCUGAGGACGCCAUGAGGCUGUACUACGUCUGCACGGCGCCUCACUGUGGACACAGAUGGACAGAGUGAAGCUGCAGAGAGAAAAGAAGAGAUCUCACCGUUUUAUUUUCAGUUCUGCUCUUCACAAAAAGCUGCAACUCAGAGUCUUUUUUUCUCUUUACUCUGCAGUUUAUUGGUUUGUGACUCUGGAAUUCUCUGUUUGGUGACUUGCAGUUUGUCAGACAGCAUCUUGUGAAUACAAUGUAUUAAUAGUUUUUAUAGCAGUUGUCAUUUUCAAACAUGUUUUGUUAGAUUAAAGAAACUAAUUUGUUUCAGA